AUGGUGAGGAAAACAGGACGAGGCAAUACCUGUCCCUUCUUGGAAUUCACAAUCCUGCAAAAGAUAAUUCCCCAGAGAAACAAAUUACCAAUGAAAACAGGAGCCCAGGACUUACUGCAUGCACUUCCAUCCCCGCUGCCUGCCUUUUCCUGCCGCCACCGCCACAGGCCAUUUCCACCGAGGAAAAGGAAUUGUAUCAGAAGUCCACUAUCCCAAACCUCUGAGUUCAACCCCUUUGCUGAUGCAAGUAAGGGUGAUGACCCGUCGUUUCCUGCUGGCACUGAGGAUUACAUCCAUAUAAGAAUUCAACAGAGAAAUGGCAGGAAGACCCUUACUAUUGUCCAGGGGAUCGCUGAUGAUGAUUACGACAAAAAGAAACUGGUGAAGGCGUUGAAGAAGUUUGCCUGCAAUGGUACUGUAACUGAGCACCCAGAAUGUGGAGAGGCCAUGCAGCUACAGGAUGACCAGCGCAGGAACAUACGCCAGUUCCUCCUAGGGACUGGACUGGCCAAGGACGACCAGCUGAAGGUUCAUGGGUUCUAA